AUGUAAAUAAAGUAAAUUCUUUUUAACCUAUGUAAUAUUGCAACUAUUAUUAAUGUUAUAUUUAAAGAAUAAUUUUAUAUGUUUUUAUUAUUACGUAUUAAAGUAAUAACUUUGAUGAUUUAAAUUAUGUCGAUCUAGUAAAAAAAUAUUUAUACAUUUAUAUACAUAGUGAUACGAGUACCCUAAAUUUAAUUUCAUAUUAAUUUUGGAUAAAAGUAUAAUUAUUGUACAAUGGCUUAUGUAAAUGUAGCUGAUUGGAAGUCUGAUCAAGUAGCUGAUUGGCUUAAAGGAUUAGACAGUGUAAUUUUACCAUACAUUAAGUAUUUCAUUGAUACUGAUGUGAAUGGUCAAAAACUUUUAGAUAUGCAACCAAAUGACUUAGAUAAAAUUGGUGUGUGUAAAAUAGGACACCAAGAAUUAAUAUUAGAAGCAGUUGAUUUAUUGAGAAACUUUCAUUAUGAAUUGGACAAGGAAAAUGUACAACUUUUGGCAUUACGAUUAUCAUGCUGUGCUCAUAAUUUGUACAAAGAAAUUAUGCAAAAUCAUUUAAAUUCUUCUACUCAAGUUCCAACUUUAAUUUUAACUGAUGUUGCUAGCACAGUUGCCACAUUAAAACCUUUAGUUAAUUGGUUGAAUAGACCUCCAUUUUGUGGACAGCCUCAUUAUAUAAGUAUGAAAAAUAAUUUACUUAAAUUAGCUCUUGAAAUAGUCACUAGUGGUCAACGUGAUCGUUUUGCUGAAAACCCUGUUGAAAAUAUUUUUGAAAGUGCUAAACAGCUUGCACAGCUAGCUGACCAUAUUAUUCAAGAAAGUCUUGAUUCUUUAAUUUUACAGCCUGCUACAUUGGAUGUUGCAACUCUUAAAAAAAGAUCUGGCGAAUCAUUGGGGUUUUAUAUUGUACCAUCAUUCCAUGGUGUUCAUCAGGUAGGUGAAGUAAAAUGUAAUAGUGUUGCUCAUCAAUGUGGAAAAAUUGAAGCUGGUGAUGAAAUUGUUCAAGUUAAUUAUCAAACUGUGGUUGGUUGGCAAGCAAGACAAGUAAUGGCCUUAUUAGAAGAAGCAUCUACUGAUAUAUUUUUAACUUUGAAAAAACGACCUCGACAUAGUAAAGUAUUUGGUCAAAUAUACAUGAAGCCAUAUCGUCUUCCGAGUAAAAAACUUUUCAAUUAUCCACAACGAUACUUUGAUCAACUUACACCACCUCGCCCUAGUGAUCUUCUUACAAUCCCUAAUUUUAGUUUUCCUGUAAACAAACAAGAAAAGAAAAAGACACCUAAAAUCCAAGAAAAUCAACUUUCUAAUGACCACUUACUUAGUCCUCCACCAGUUAUUCAUUUAGGAGGCAGAUCCAUUUCUCCAGAAAUUGGUUCUCAUAGUAAUAGUAGUAGUGGUGAUGAAAGUGAACUUGAAAGUGCAAAUUGUUCAUCACCUACAUCCGUUAGGUUAUAUUUACCCAAACCUCAUAUUCCAGUUCAACGUAGGGCAACAAUAAGUGGUGCUAGUCCAAUUGGAAAACAUGCACCAUUUAAUUUUGAUCAGUUAUGGCUAAAACAAGUAAAUGAUGCAUAUAAUAACACUAGAAAUAAUGCUGAAAAAUCUAACAGUGAAAUACAACUUAGUAAGCGUUCUAAGUCUACUAAAGUUCAUUGGACUUCAUUACCUCCAAAUGAAGAAAAACAUGAAAGUCUAAAAGUGCCGGAUAAAAAAAGUACUGAUGUAUCUAUUAAAGAUAAAGUGUUAUGCAGUAAUGAUUUCAUUUCUUUGAAGGAACGUAUUAAUCAGUUGAAAAUUAAUACAAGUCCUGAAAAUGUUUGUAAAAAACCAAAAAUUAUGCCUAAACCAAAAAUAAAUAGUUCAAGUGAUUCAAAAUUAAUUAAAGCACGAGGUAAAUUGGAUAAAAGUUAUAGUACUCCUUCUUAUGAUUUUUCAAUUGACAGUAACUCUCAAAAUGAUUUUGAAGACUUUAAUUCAGAUUUACAAUUGUCUAAUGAAGAUGUGCCAAAUCAUAAUACUUCAGAAGUAUUUGAUUUAAGUGAUGUUUCUUUAAAAAAAUCUAAAAGACCUGACAAACCUAUAUUAACUUUUCCUCAACCCCCUCCAAUAAAAAUUGAUGAUACAGAAAUUCCAUUUUUAGUUGAUAACAAAGACAUUGCAUAUACAAUUAAAAAAUCAAUGUUAAUACUUCAAAAAUCACCUUAUGAAAAAUCAAAUUAUGUAGAUCCAAAUUUAACUAAAGAAUCAGUUUCUGAAAAGAUAUUAAAUAGUUAUAACCUUGAACCUCAGUACAAUAAUAUAGCUACUGAAACAGAAAGAGCAUUUUUGUUUGAACAAAAUAAUAGCUGUACAGAUAAUUUAAUCAAAAAUUAUCCAGAACUUCAUAAAACAGAUAGUGUUAUUAUUCAAUUAUCCCAUGAUAAAUCAUCUACUCCAAUAGAACUAACUAAGUAUUCAAUCAAUCGGCUAAAGAAGAAAUUUGAUGUAAAUAACAAAAUUCAAGAUUUUUCUAAUUUUGACAAAACAUCAUUUUCUGAUUUAUCUGAUGUAUUACCACCUCUGUCAUUAACUGAUCUUAGUGGUAGUGAUGACAACAUUUUUCGAGUUGAACCUAAAGAUAACAUCUCACUACCUUCUGAAUCAACAGCAAUCAUACCUCAUCAAACAGUUGUUAAUGCACCAGCAACUUUUCCCAGACAAAAAACUGAAACAAAAAAAUGUCAACCCCCAAUACCUCCACCCAGACCAUCCAAACCUGCUGAAAUACCGAAAAGGACCAGUUACAGAGCUAUGCUUGGAGCUAAAACUAUUGGAAAGAAAGAAAAUAAAGGACAAAAACUUCAUCAAAGAAACCCAUUGAUAGCUAAAAGACGAAAUCUUAGUAUUAAAGAAUUAGGAGUAUGUGAGUAUCAAGGUUGGUUGUAUCAAAGAUCAAAGAAAAUAUCACCUCGCAUGCAAUGGAUCAAAGGAUGGUUUAUUAUUAAAGGAACAACUUUUUAUGGUUUCAAUAAUAAAGAGUCUACUAAAGCUCGGCUCAUGAUAAUUCUUUCUGGUUUUACGGUAGCAGUUGCUGAUGAAGUUAAAUCUAGAUCUAAUGCUUUUAAAGUUUAUCACAUGGGAACUAUGUUUUACUUUGCUGCUGAAACACCAGAUGAUCUUACAAUGUGGUUAGAUUGGUUUUCAACUGCCACUUCCAUAGAUGGACAUAACUCAAAUAUUGAAGCUGUUAGUGAAACAGAUGAUGAGGAAGAUGACUUUAUAAAUGAAAAUGGAGAUUCUAUAGAACCGUCAGUUACAUUACAUCCGGGUAUAACUCAUGAAUCUAAUUUUACAAGUUCUGCUUUAAGAAAUAUAUCUUCUUUUAUAUCUAAUCAUAUGGGUUCACAUUCAAAUGUUAAUAACAAUAGUUCCAAUAAAGUUAAAAACGAUAAAAGUUGUAGUUCAUUGAAAAAACAGCAAAAAAAGAAUUUGCCUAAAGAAGAUCAAACAAAAGGUAGUAGUUUGGAUAGAAAACAUUGGAAGUUUCUUGGAAUGGGUAUGAUUGGACGUGAUUCAAAUGAACCUGUUCCAACAUCUCAAUAUCGUAGUUACCGUAGAGUACCUCCUGCAGUUCCUAAAUAUUCAUCAGAUGUACCAUUAGCAAACCUUUAUAAUCAAAAUUUAGAUGUCAAUUCUCCAACUCAAGUAUCACAAGUUACCCAUAAUCGUCCUUCCGACAUGGUUGACUAUAGAUUAGCUUCUGUGUCCAAAACAUCUGAUAGUAACCUUAGACGUACUGAUAUUAGUAACAGUUCUGAAAUUACUCUAGAAUCAUUUAUGCAAUCAAGACAAGAAGCAGAGAGACGCAUUCAAAAUAUACAUGUAAAUAUGAGAGUACCUCAAUAUACUGCACCUCCACCACCACUUGGUAAUAGAGAAGAUCAAAACACUCAAUAUUUGGAUCAAACUAAUUAUAGGAUUGCUACUGAAAGUGAACCACGAUCAAGGCAACCUAUUACUGUUUUAACUGGCAUGGAACACAAUACUAACUUGAGUGUAUUACCAUCAUGGAUAACAGAAGGAUUAGAUGAAUCUAACGAUCAAAAUGGAAAUACUAAUACAAAUAAUUUACCAUAUCACUUAUAUUCAAAUAGAUAUUUUAUCACAGAUAGUGAGUUAGAAGCAGAACUUUUGAGACAAGAAGAAGAGCCAUUAUCUGACGAUAAUUCUGAAGACGACAAAGAUUAUGUUGAAGAAAGUGAACAUGAUACGGAAUCAGAUUUAGGUACGUGUUCAGACGAUGACGAAGUGAAUGAUAGUUACAGAUGCCCAAGAUACAGCUGAUAUAACAGAAAUUACAGCUUUUAUUGGUUUAUUAUUGAUGUCUGGCGUUAAACAAGCUGCUCAUUUGAAUAUUGAAGAAUUAUGGGAUGAAGAUGGACCUUCAAUUUUUUCUUUAGCAAUGUCCUAUAAACGUUUUUUAUUUUUAUAUCGUUGCAUUCGUUUUGACAAUAUACAUACUAGAGAAGAGAGAAAAAAAAACUGACAAACUUGCAGCUGUCCGUGAAAUACUCGAUAUUUGAGCUUGCGUAUACACUAGCCGAAUAUACAACAAUAGAUGAGCAGUUAAUUCCGUUUAGGGGUAGGUAUCCUUUUCGACAGUAUUUACCAAACAAGCCAAAAAAAUAUGGAAUUAAAGUAUUUGCGUUGGUAGAUAGCAAAACCUUUUAUUUGUUAAAAUUUGAAAUAUAUGCUGGGUUACAACAUGAUGGUCCUUAUAAAAAAUUAAACGCACCUUUUGGUAUUGUUCAACGUUAUGUUGAUCCAAUAAUGGGCAGUGGAAGAAGUUUUACCACUGAUAACUGGUAUACAAGUAUACCUUUGGCAAAUUGGUUAUUAUAUAAUAAAAUAACACUAACAAGAACUUUACGCAAAAACAAAAGAGAAAUUCCAUUUGGAUUUCUCCUUAAUAGAAAAAGGGAAGUUUAUUCGAGUAUUUUUGGAUUUACAAAAAAUAUAUCUAUGGUUUCAUACGUUCCAGCAAAAUCUAGGUCUCUUGUAGUUAUCUCCACUAUGCAUAAUGAUGAUUUAAUUUAUGAUGUCACUGGUGAAAAGAAAAGACCAGAAAUAAUAACUUUUUAAAAUACAACUAAAGGUGGAGUAGAUUCAUGUGAUCAGCUUUGUAGCAAUUACAAUAUUGGUCGAAAGACCAGAAGGCGGCCGUUAGCUAUAUUUAAUCAUUUUAUAAACGUUUCUGCAAUAAAUGCAUAUAUUAUUUUUAAUUCUAACACGGAAGAAACAAUGGAAAAAAGAAAAUUUUUGAAAAAUCUUGCCAAAAAACUUGCACAUGAUCAAAUAAUUAGAAGAGGAAUUAACAUUCACAUAUUACGUAGUCUUAGACAAAAAUAUGGAUUUAUUUGGGUAAUCAAGGAAUCAAUAAACAACCAGUUACAAAUUAAGUCGACAACAUAAGAGACUCUAAAAAACGUAAAAGUUGUCAUAUUUGUCCAAGCACAAAAGACAAUAAAUACAGUGAUGUUUGUAAGGUAUGUAAACAAAAUAUUUGUUAAAUUCAUUCGGCAAUUGUUUGUUUAAAAUGUGAAGUAAAGUAAUACUAAAAUUAUAUUGUACAUAUUUUAUACUUGGUAUUAAGUUCAUUAUAAAAAACAAGGAAAGCAAUUUUUUUUUAUGUAUACUUAUUAUGUUAAAACUAUUAUUCUUAUUCAUUAAGAUUGUAUCAUUAUUUUUUUCAAUACACAAGUGAAAUACAAAAUGUAUGAAAUGAAGUUAUUUUUUAUUAAUCAAUUUAAUCCAAAAUUAAGUAAAACUUAUAAAAUCCAAACUAAGGGUCACUAUGACCCGACGUAACUGUCUGUGUAAUUAUUCGAUGGUGACUAGUUAAGGGUUAAAGGCAAUGAAAUCAACUAAGUACGAUUUGUGAUCCUUUGACAUAUAUUUGAAUGAAAUUAGUCGGAUGAAAGAUGAAAAAAGUGGUAACAGACACAAAAAAAUAAAUAAAAAAAAAACAUCAUAGGAAAAUUAAUACCUUCACAGCUUCCCAUCGAAGUUAAAAAAUGUAUUAAUUAUAAAUAUAUGUUUAAAUUUUAAACAUUAAUAGCAUAUAAAAGUACAACCUCAAUUAGUGACUAGUUCUGUUGAUGACUGUACUUUCAUUGAAAUAUAAUAACUAUUAUUGAUGUUAAUUUUAAAAAUGUUCAAAAUAAUCCAAGCAAAAUUUCUAU